AUGGCUUUCAAAGACACUCUUAACUCCAUGGGCGUUAGUCAACAUGUGUCAGGACCCACUCACCUUCGUAAUCAUACUUUAGAUUUAAUACUGUCUUAUGGUAUAAAUGUGGACGAUGUUAAAAUCCUUCAGCAGAGUGAAGACAUUUCGGAUCAUUAUCUGGUAUUAUGUUUGCUUCACUGGCCUACGGCUGCAAAUCAAACUCCUUGUCACAACGAGACACAGAUACAGGGUAGCUCAGUAUCAGAGGAUAGCCAGCAUGAGUUUGGCGGGGGCGGCGACCGCCUCGGAGCACCCCAUGUCCCGGGAUGUGAUGGAAGAUUACUGGAGUGAGAUGAAGAACAUCAAGGAGGAUGCUCCGGGACAACACGAGGAGAUGAUGGAGAGAGGGAGCAUGGAUGAGGCGGAGCUUGAGGAGGAGUGGCUUCAGGAGGCGGGGCUCUCCACACUGGUGUCCGGGACACAGAGCGACGGCCCGACGGAAGCUCUGCUCUCCACGCUCACACACUCACAGGCCGCUAUGGUGAAGAAACAUCUGGAUAACUACACACAGACACUACGCAAGAGAAACAGACAACCCAUGAGACACGUGCGAGACGUGUUCUCCACACCCGACACAUCGGUGAGCACUCAGGAGAAAGUGGGCGGUUUUAUGUUAAUGAGCUCAUGAUGAAUAAAAGCUGUACAUUUCAGAAGAGCCUUGCAUUUCACAUCUCUAUACAUAUAAUAAUCAGUGUAGGAGUGAGUUUGAACGUCUGUGUGUUUGUC